AGUUUCACUGGGAGCUGAAAGGAUACGUGAAAAUACGGCGGGAGGAGAAUCCUGCGAAUAUUUUGAUUGCGGCGUCAGGGAAGACGGAGACCGUAGCUGGUUUUGCGGCUCCCUGUGUUCCAAUGCAAUCGGAAGAACAUACGUGCCUCGUUGCCAAUACAAGGAUCAAAUCGCAGGACAAGAGGUCUGGGGAUCCCCCCACUCAAGCCUGGAAGUGUAGUGUAUGUGGUAAAGUCAAAGCCCUCUCUGGAAAGCACCUUGAGGGAAAAACAGAAGUUAGGAGUGACUGUUGGCCUUGCGCAUUGAAACGUACGUUCUACUUGACAAAUAACCAAAGCACCGAUGAUAAGAAGCCGCCCGCCGAGUCCGCCUUCAAGAGCGCGUUUGGUGCACUGGCCUCGACGGAUGAUAAGAAGCCACCCGCCGAGUCAGCCUUCAAGAGCGCGUUUGGUGCACUGGCCUCGACGGAUGAUAAGAAGCCACCCGCCGAGUCAGCCUUAACGAGCUCGCGUAAUGCACUUGGUUGUCAUACUGGAGUGUGGAAGUGUACUCGUUGUGGUAAGGCAAAGGAGCUUACUGGAGCGCAUUUAAUAGGCAAAACGGAGGUGCGCUCAGACUGUUGGCCGUGCGCGAAGAAGUCGACUUUCAAGCUGGAAAGUUCAGUUUCACUGGGAGCUGAAAGGAUACGUGAAAAUACGGCGGAGGAGAAUCCUGCGAAUAUUUUGAUUGCGGCGUCAGGGAAGACGGAGACCGUAGCUGGUUUUGCGGCUCCCUGUGUUCCAAUGCAAUCGGAAGAACAUACGUGCCUCGUUGCCAAUACAAGGAUCAAAUCGCAGGACAAGAGGUCUGGGGAUCCCCCCACUCAAGCCUGGAAGUGUAGUGUAUGUGGUAAAGUCAAAGCCCUCUCUGGAAAGCACCUUGAGGGAAAAACAGAAGUUAGGAGUGACUGUUGGCCUUGCGCAUUGAAACGUACGUUCUACUUGACAAAUAACCAAAGCACCGAUGAUAAGAAGCCGCCCGCCGAGUCCGCCUUCAAGAGCGCGUUUGGUGCACGGCCUCGACGGAUGAUAAGAAGCCGCCCGCCGAGUCAGCCUUCAAGAGCGCGUUUGGUGCACCGGCCUCAAAAGAUGAUAAGAAGCCACCCGCCGAGUCAGCCUUCAAGAGCGCGUUUGGUGCACCGGCCUCGACGGAUGAUAAGAAGCCACCCG